AUGCAACCGUCCUGCUCAAGCUUCGUGAUGGACGACGAUGGUUCGGAAGAUCCAGAGUUUGCAGAAAGUAGCGACGACGAGUACGAAGCCGCCGAAGAUGACGGGUCCGAGGAAGAGGAGUCUGAGUCUGAGGAAGAUGAAACGACGAGUGGAAGGGCCGAAACGCUCUCACUGGGCGAUUCUCUUGCCGAAGUGCGUAUAGAAGGAGAUUUUGACCGUCUUGUCCAAAACAUUCGCAAGGCUGGGGAUGGGUCCAGUUCCGGCAUGCUCGGCAAAGAUUGGGACUUGAAUAUCGAGGAAAAAGAGGCCGAAUUUCUCAGCGACUUACGUGCAGCAUCUGGCGUAGGUCGUACCAAGAAAAAGCACGGGAGACAUCCGGGGCCAGUGCUGUCUCAAGAAGUCCGCCUUCUCAUCGGACAGGGGAAUCAGGCAUACGUGGACAACAACGUCCCCGAGACCAUGCGCGUAAUGCAGGAAGUCAUCCGCAUCGAGCCUCGCGCCUCAUCUGCAUGGUCCGUCCUCGCGCAGUGUUAUGAAGACUUGAAUGAGCCGCAGAAGGCGUUGCAACUGCGCAUUAUGGCGGCACACCUGACCCACGAUGCGGAUGAGUGGGAUCAGCUGGCGAGGCAGUCGAUGGCCCUUGGAUACAACCAACAGGCGCUGUAUUGCUUCGGAAAACUGUACAGCCUCGAUCCAAGCAACGUCAACGCGCUUUGGGAUCGGGCGACACUUGCAAAAGAUAUUGGAGAACUCAAAACGGCACGCCAAACGCUUCUUGCGAUAUUGAAACGCUUACCGCACCAUCUCGUCGUCCUGGACGAGCUCCGUCCCAUCCUGAUCGAGCUGUCCGACCUCGCUCUGUGCGCAUCUCUCUUUGGGGAUGCCUUCGCACAUUAUCAGGUUACAGUUCCAGCGGGUGUCGGAUAUGACGCCGAGCAGCAGCGAGAGGUUCCUGGCGGUGGAUUUGGCCUGAUGUAUCUGCUUGUCCUCGCCGACUUGUACAACACGCUUGGGGAGUAUGAGAAAGCCGUGGAGACUAUCAGGGGUGGGUGUCGCUGGCUGCAGGGAAGGGGGCAGCAGAAAUUUUGGGAUGUUUGCGAUGAUGAUCGCGAGUACGAUACAACGGAGGGCAUGAGGGGCGCAGAAGGCGAGCUUCAGCCAGGGAUGUACCCACUGGACGUCAAUGCGCGGCACAGGUUGGCUAUCGCAAGGAUCAAGAUGGGCGAAGUGGAUGAGGGAAAGAUGCAUGCCAACAUUGUACUAUCGCAGGACGUCACUGAGUACGCCCCGCUGUUUGCCGAAAUCGCUGAUGCAUAUUUUGAGCGUGGGCUAUAUGUCGAGGCAGGUCACAUUUAUGAGACCCUUGGCGGAGAUGCGGGGACGAGCAGUCUCUACGUACUUCUCCAAGCUGCGGCGUGCCGACGUAUGAUGGGCGAUAUCAAGGAAGCCGCCGAAGUAUACGAGCAUAUCAUUACCGCAGAUCCGACACACAACGAAGCCAAGAUGAAGCUCGCCGAAAUCUAUGAGAUUCUCAACGAGCCGCGAAAAGCUCUCGACUUAGUGCUACAGGUCAUUGAUUCCCGGAAAAAGCGACCGCGUCAAGAAGUCACAGAGGGUGGUGAAACAGACGAUGCUUCUACUUCACUUUUCGAAGAGAAAGCCCGGGCCAAAGGGAAGAGUGCAUCCGCUAAAGCCGCGAACAAACUCACUCCAGCGCAGCUGCGAGAGCUUGAGGCGGUGAAUGAGCGUGAAGUCGUGCAGGGAUUCCACAGGAUUAAAGAGCUCUGGGCAGGCAUGCUCGCAGGCGAGGAGGCGGCAGAGCGAGAGUGGUUGGUCGAGGCGGAAAAGCUGGUCGAGUCGUUUAGGGAAACAAGGAACUUAUUUCUUACCACCAGGCAUUCAGGAUUCAGGGGGAUGUUCCCUAGAAGCUCCAGAAAGCAGACGGCAGAAGCGAGCGAAGAGAGUAUGGCGUCUCGCCUGCAGCUCGAGCUCGGGCGGGACUCUAUUACGCGAAAAUCUAGGGCGGAAGGUGUCGAUACCUUCCGCACGAUAUCAUUUGACGACUGGCUUCGGUUGUUCAUGCACUAUGCAUUCUUGCUCACGAAACGAAAUCAAUACGACCAAGCAAUCGAGGUUCUGCGCCAUAUCACUUAUUCGAACGCGUACCAAAGUCGCGCUUCUCAGGACACGAUACGACUUGCGCUGAUAACUUGCGCCCUCCGUGCUGAUAAACACAUGACCGUGGUCGAGCAAGCACGGAAGCUCAUCAACGGACACCAGUUCAAUAAUGAAGCUCUUCGUAUACUAGUCGCUUCGCUAGGCGGCGGUUUGCAUGCGACAGAUGCCUUUCUGGCAUCGACCUUGACCAAACAUUUGCAGCGCGAACUCAAGCUCGCAGAUGCAGCAGUGAAGAACAAGGAUGUGCUCAAAUGGAACAAUACUCUGCAUCGAUAUGGUCUGGGCAGUGCUUCCUCGAAAGUAGACGCAGAUGACGUCGACGACGAAGAUGACAUUCCUGCUGAGAUUUCUCCUGCAGACUCGGAGAAGAGCCGGCGUAUGCCGACGAAAGACAAUCCUAUCGGCGUUGCGAUUUACGGGCAGAUCUGUCUUGCGGCAAAGAGCUACCAAAGUGCUCUCUUCUAUCUGUUGCAUGCCUAUGACUACUGCCCUGAUGAUCCUAUGAUUUGUCUUUGCGCGGCUAUCGCUUCGCUCGGACGUGCAAUGCAGCGUCAGUCGGACAACCGUCAUCAUCUGAUCGCACAGGGGAUGGCAUUCCUUACUCGCUAUCGUACGCUGCGUGGAUGUGACGCCGUCGGAAUGGACGAGGUGGAAUUUAAUUUCGGACGGGCGUUCCAGCAGUUAGGACUGCAUUCUCUCGCUGUCCGCCAUUACGAACGAGUUUUGGAGAUCGCAGAGGAGAGGCUAAAAAUCGACGAUCGGGACUUCGGGCUCGCCCGAGAGGCUGCGUAUAACCUGUCUCUGAUUUUCGUAAUCACGGGUGCGACAGCUCUGGCCCAAAAUCUGUACCGUCGAUGGUUGUCCAUAUGA